CGUAAUCAUAAAAAAAACACCCCAUCCAGCAGGUCCGUCUGCGGCAUGGUGCUCAUUAUUACUCUGGCGGCGUUUCCUCGCUGUACCGCCAGGGCGAUAAGUUGCGAGAAAUAUGCGCCAGAGCUGGGGUCUCCUGUGGUGUCAAUCAGCCGUGCCGACAGAACCCUCACAAAGGUCUUCAUGUCGGCUGACCAAGGGCCCAGUGUACUGCGAGCGCCGCAAACUCGUACUCAAACGCACCAUAAUCGCUAAUAAUAAAAUACGUAAUCACUCUGUAAACGGCAAAACAGCAAUUAGUUCUGUCUGGCGCAUUAGUAGUGUUUACAGCAAAUGAAAGUUAAUGAAGUUGGAAUUAAAGCGAUAACACAAAUUAAUCAGGAGCCGAGAAUAAUUGAGGCAAUAUAAAGUGCGAUUCGUGCGAGCCGCCCGAAAUCGAUGGCCAUGGAGCCAACUGUGUUUGUCAUCGCGCUAACCGUGAUUGCAAACAUAAAAAAUUGCGUGUCAGUCAAGAACAACACCGCACAAGGGAAAAAUCCUAUUGAACAUUUCAAUGAAAUGAUUGAACAAAUAAUUGCAAGAACUGAGGGAAACCAUACAACAGGAGAAACAACCAUAAGCCAAAAUCAGAAACCGAAACAUGAACAAGAACCAUCAUCUAAUAAACAAAUGUGGGAGGUAUUGACCACAAGAAUAGUUCAAAAUGCGGUCAGUACAGGUGCCGGUGCAGAUACAAAUUCUACUGAACAUGAUUUGAAUAAUAAAAAUUCUAAAAUCAUUUACUUAAGCAAUUUUCCUCUCAACAAGACUUUAGAACAUGCCAAGGAUGGCAAUAUGGACAGUGAAAAUAAAAUACCACUUCCUUUUUUAGACUCUGAAAAAGUAGAAGACGAUAAUAUACUUGAGUAUUUACCUGAUAGUACAGAUUUAAAUCCAAGCUUUACCAAUAACGGAAAUAUGUAUGAAAGAACUGAGCCGCAAUAUAAUUUGGCAUCAUUAGAAGAUAGUAAUAAACUACCGUGGUUUAAUUAUAAAGAAGGCUUUGAAGAUCUGCCAAAUAGACGCAGUUUAAGUGAUAAUUUACCAAUACCUCCUACAAUACGUAACCCGACGGAUCAUGGUUUAGGGGUUGUUCUUAAGGAGGAAAUAGUUUUUGAAAUUGAAGACGAAAAAUCACCUGAAUCUCCAAAUCCUCCCGUAAAGAUACGUUUGCAUACUACAACACCAAAACCAGUGCCAUCAAAUAAGCCCAAAAUCAAAGGAAAAAAUAUGACUAUUACAUAUCUUCCAUUUUUUUCAAGUUUGAAAAAUGUCUCGAGUAAUAGCACAGACAAAUCAAAAAUUAACGGAUUCACUCAUAUAAAACCCCAGACAUCUAAAGGCAGGUCUCCAAUGGCAGGUGCAAUUCGAAACAAUAACUAUUUUAAAAUUCCACCACAACUGCCAAGGCAGGCCGAGGAUAAUUUAAAACUGCAGACGGAAUUUAAUAAAUUGAAUGAAAAAAUUAAUAAACUUCAAGAGAUUCUGAAUAAAACUCUCGAUAGGAAAGAUGAACCCAAAUCUCAUAAUUUACGAGUAUCAAAUAAAGACCCGGCCACGAAGUCAGUGGGAGAAAAUGGUUCGGGUCCUACACCCCAGCAGGGGGUAAUAGGAUGGAAACAAGAAGGAUCAAAUAAAGACCCCAAAUUGCUUGAGCCACAUGACCCACCGCAUAUUGAGGCUGAUGUUUUAAGAACCAGUGGUCCUUAUGUAGGCAAACCAGAUUUUGCAAAAAUCUUGACAAAUAUACCAAUAAGUCACAGUACUACACCACAUAUAAAUCCAAGACAAGGAAUUGUGGAAAACGUCAUGUUGAGGAAAAGCAUUAUACCGCCUUUACCACCGUUUUUACUGAAUCAAGCUUCGUUAACAGAACCAAAGAUGUUGCAAAGGCGUUUGUUGCUACUUAAAUUGGCAAAUAUUGCUAAAUUGAAUCAAGAUGUGCAUUUGUUAAGCAAAAUCAGGAAGAAAUCCAAAUAUAUCUUUCCCGUGCCUGUCUAUCGUCGGCGAGUAAUCCUAAAACCGCUUGCGUGAAUUCUGUAAAAACUUAGCCCGAUGAUAUCAUCUUUAUCCUAACUUGUCACAAAGCUGCCGGGGUCUCACGAGAUUAAACCACUUGACCAAAAGUAUGUACUCAUCUAGUUGCCUACUGCUACUUCCAAAGUCUUGUACUUAGUAAGAUGGAAGUAUACAGAAGGUAAAAAUUACAAAUAUAUAUUGAUGGAUAAAAUAAAUUGUUCACUUAAUUGA